AUGCAUUCUCACCUUGCAAACCCGCUCCAUUUUCUUUCGUCCGACAACUCCCCUUGCUUUCCCCAUCCUCUCCGCUGCCCCCUCUCUCCUUUCCCCCGCAUUUCCGCCCUCGUGCUCCCGCCUUCAGCGAAGCACGCGGUGGGCGUGGGGGGUCCGCGUCAUCCGGUGGGCGUGGACGUGUCGCUGCCGCGCGCCUCCUCCUCCGCCAACCUCUCUGCGCCUUCUGCUGCAGCACCGCGCGGAGAGGGCGAGGGGCAGCGGGAAGCCGCGGGAGCAGCGGGUGCGGGCGGCGAGGGGGCGAGGUUCAGCCAUGACUACAGCAGGGGCGCUGGGGGGGGCGACGCAGAGAGGCAUGCGUCGCAGCAGCAGUCGCAGCAGUCGCCGCAGCAGUCGCCGCAGCAGUCGCCCGCGCACGCGAUGGUGCCUCGCCAGCGCACCAUGCCUUCGCGCCUCUUCCCCGCCGCCCACUCCGCCCACUCGCCCUCCCCAUUCUCCCUCGCCGCGCCCUCCUCCCCCGGCCUCAGUCGCCCUGGCAGCACUGACCGCCCCGCAACCCCAAGCGGAGCAGAGGGGGCGGAGAGCGACAGCGAGCGCGCGGGCCAAGGCGUGCUCCCCCGCCACACCACUCUCCCCCCGCGCUUCCCGCACGCCUCCCGCUUCGCACAGCCUCUAGGCCAGCCGCCUCCGGGCCUGCGCACGGCCUCCCCAGACCCGCGCGCGCCUGCAGCAGCGGAGGCGAGCCGGGGGAGGGAGCGGGGCAGUGGGGCGGAAGGGGAGGAAGAGGGGAGCGGGGGCGAGGAGGGGGAGGACGUGGCGGAGCUGCGGCGGCAGGUGACGAUGCCAGGGGGGGCGGCGGGGGAGGGCGGGCGGUGGCGGGAGAUGGGCGCGCCAAGCAGGGGGCUGCUGAGACAGCUCACAGACCCCCAGGAGAACCGACCCACCGCCAGAGUGGUGCAGAGCGGUGAGGCAGGAGGGGCGAGCGAUGGGGCGGACGGGCAGGAGAGGGAGGGCGGAGGCAUGGGCGCGGGCAUGGGCAUGGGCGCGGGCAUGGGCAUGGGCAUGGGCGCGAGGGCAGGCGAGUGGGGUGAGAGUGCAUCAGCAGCAGGGUCGAGCGUGGGGGCAUCGCCCUCGCUGCUCCACAUUCUCACACGGCAGCGGUCACAGCACAGCAGAGCGGGCGAGCAGGAGCGGGGCGCAGGGCGGGGCGAGGAGGACGAGGGGGAGGAGGAGCACGGGAUUGGGGGAGCGAAAAGAGCGGCAGAGAGGGGGGGAGUAGUAGGCGGGGGUGGUAUGAGCGGCAGCGGGCGUGGGGGAGGGGGGAAGGUCAGGGGCAGUCAUGAGGGGCCGUACCUGGUGCGGCUGAAGGGCGAGGACGAGGGGGAGGAGGGUGGAGGAGAGCUUGUGGGGCGCAGUGAGUGGCGUGGUGCUUCGGCCGCCAGCAGCAGACACUCUUACGACUCAAACCCUGAUUUGACCAUGGCUAUGAACGGCAUGAGCAUGGGCAUGGAUGGUGUGGGCAUGGGCAUGGAUGGCAUGGGUGCGGGCAGCAGCAGCAGCAGCAGCAGCAGCGCGCUCAUCCGGCAGCGCACCAUGCCUCUGCCCUGCCCCUCCCACCGUGCGCUCUCUGCUGCGCCCUCCCUCCUCCCCGGUCACUCCCCCACGCCCUCCCCCAUGGUGGGCGCAACACACAGCGCGGGCAGCGGCGCGGGCAGCCCCUAUGCCUCCGCGGACGCCCCCUCGUGGCUGCCCCGCCAGCACACCAUGCCCGCCUCCCUCCCGCCCCCUGUGCCCGCCCCUGCCUCCCCCGCGCCCGCCUCCCCCGCCUCCGCCUCCAGAACCGCUGCAGGGGCAGGGGGAGGCUCAGGGGGAGGCACAGGGGCGGAGGCGGGCGGGGCGGGCGGGGGGAAGGGGCUGAGGGAGCGGAGGCCGCUGGCUUCGAAGCUCAAGGCGCUGCUGGAGUUGAAGCCGCUGAGAGGGGCGGGGGGGGAGGGCGCGGGCGAGGGGGGCAAGGGGGCGAGUGCAUGGCGGCUGGGGGCCGUGGGGCAGGUGAGCCCGCUGCAGGGCGCUGCCCGGUACGUCCAGCAGGCCUUCGCCCCCCGCUCGCCCAAACCCGCCAAGGCAGCGCCGGCGCAGAGGGAGCGAGGCCGGGAGGGGGCGGGCAGUGCAGGCGUGGCAGGAGGGAGGGGCGAUGAGGGCGCGGGCAGAGGGGUGGGGAAUGGUAUGGGCGAGGGGAUGGGGGAAGAGGAGGAGGGCGAGCAGUGGGGGAUGCAGGGGGUGGUGGCGCGGAGGAGGGGAGGGGUGGAGGAGCAGGAGGUGUGGAACAGCGGUGCUGUUGCCAUGUCGGAAGGCAGAGGCAUGGGGGGCGGGGGCAUGCAGCCACACAUGGGCAUGGGCGUGGGGAUGGGGUUGCAGUCUUAUUCCAUGCACAUGGGCCCUCCCAGAGGCGUGGGGAUGGGCAUGGGCGUAGGCAUGGGGGUGCAGUCGAAUUCAAUGCACAUGGGCCCGCCAACAGGCGUGGGCAUGGGCGUGGGCAUGGGCAUGGGGGUGCAGUCAUACUCCAUGCACAUGGGCAUGCCCUUGCGCUCGGCCUCCCAUGCGCAGCCCACGGCAGGGGACCCGGGCAUGGGGACGGGCAUGGGUGGCGGCAGGAGGAGCAUGGGGGGAGGUGGCGGGGGCGCAAGGGACGAAGCAAGGCCGGCGGUGGGGGAGGAGGGCGGGGGCGGUGGCGCGGUGUACAGGAGAAGCGCGAGCUCGAGGGGGCUGGAGGAGGGUGGGGCCAUGGGGGCGGUGGGGCAGGGACGCAGCAGGGACAUGGCUGGUGCGAUGGGCGGGAGGGAGGCAGGGGGGUGGGGCAGUGGGGACGCGAGGAGUUGGGGCAGUGCGGGCAACGUGGCAGCAGCAGGACGAGGAGACGGGUACGGGGCGGAGCAGAGCUUGGAUCGCCUUGCUGACAGCCAUAGUGUGGGCAGCGCCCCCCCCCCGCAGCAUCAGCAGCAGCAGCAGCAUAUGAGAUUUCUCAAGAGUGAUACAGCAGCGGGGCGCAUGGAGGGCGAGCGAGCAGCAGUGGCAGCUGGGGCGGGUGCGGGGCCCACAGGCAGUGAGGGCCAGGCGUCGUCCCAGGUGCCACCGGACCUGCCGUGGCUUCCCCCGCCAGACGCCCCCCAGUUCGUGCAGGUCAGUCAGAGCGGGGGAUGGGUGAGCGCACAUGAGCGCCUGCACUUGCCAACACUGCGGGCAGACGCUAGCAGUGCCGCAGAAUCUGCCGCGCAGCCGCAAGAACAAGAUGGUGCAGCGCCUCAGCGGGCAGCAGAUUCCCCCGUGAUGAAGCGCCUGCAGAACGGGGCGCGGGCGAGGGGGGCGUGGGAGGAGCCGCAGCCGCGCGGGGCGGCAGGAGCGGGCGGCAGAGUGCAGGGCGGGCUGGAAGAGGAGCUGGGGGCGAGGUGGCAGGGGGAGGGGCAGUGGCGGGCCGGGCGGCAGGAGUCGUAUGGGAGUGGGAGUGGGGGAGAGGCGUACUGGGAGGAGGGGGGGUCGUAUGGGAGGGGCGUGGUGGUGAAUGGCAGCCCCAUUGCUGAUGGCCUCGUGGCCCAGGCUGAACUCACUGCCGGCCCCAUCCUCCCCGGCCACUACUGGUACGACCACAGAGCUGGCUUCUGGGGGGUCGUGGGCGGCCCGUGUCUCGGCAUCAUCCCCGCGCGUCUGCCGCAGUUCCCAGAGGUCAUGCAGCGAGAGUGUUCGGGCGGCAGGACGGGAGUGGUGGUGAACGGCAGGGAGCUGCAGCGCCGCGACCUCGACCCUCUUGUGCGCCGCGGCGUGCCAGCGGUGCCGCACCGCGCAUACCUGUUGGACCAAGACGGCCGCGUGCUGGACGCCGCCUCCGGUGCCCUCGUCGCCAACCUCAGCCCCCUCGCCCCGUCGUGA